GGUGGGGGGGAUCCAAUCCGGUUUCAGCUAGUUCUUCUUCCAAUGGAACAUUAGCGUCUCGCUGCGCUGUAUUAGACUGUACUGACACAGCUUUAUCCACAACACAGACACCACUCUAUUUUCUAGUCCACUCACAACAUUUAGUUUUUUUCUUUACCUAAAACACCCCACACAAAGCAGCCAUGCCUAAAAGGAGCCAUAACGCAGGAGAUCCAGAGGUACCCAAGAGGAGAUCGACAAGGUUGCAAGAUAGACCUGCACCUGCAAAGGCAGAGGCCAAACCCAAGCCAAAGAAGGGACCUGCUAAGCCGAAGAAAGCCAAGGAGGUGGAGAAGGCCAAGCCUGAAGAGAAGGCUCCAGAGGCCCCUGCUGAGAAUGGCGAAGCCAAAGCUGAGGAAGAGGGACCAGCUACAGACGCAGCUGAACAAAACGAUGAAGCAGCAGAAUAACAUCUCCUACUCCACAUCUUUUACCAGUGCUCCCUGUACCUCUUUUCUUGUACAAUUCAGGGGAAUAUUUUUAUCAACUAUUUUCUAAAUACAGGUUUUUUAGUAGUUUGAUUGUAGAGAACACUUUUUUUUAAGGAAAGAAAAAAGUCAAUUUCGAGACGGGAAUUUUCGUCACAUCCCACAAUUUUGCAUCGCCAUAGAAAUUGCGAUCAUUGUUGUUACUGUCAGUGGACUUCAUUUCAGUUUUAAAUGUGAAAGAGGGGAGGCUGCAGGACAAGUUACCGUGACAACACACAAGCACGACAUUGACAUGAGCUGGGCAACAACAGGAGGAGCUUGCCUGCGUGGAUUACAUUCCAUAUGUUUUUAAAGGGACAGUGUAUGUAAUCUGUGCUGGGGUGGGGACGGACAAAGUCACAGGGCAACUCAUUGUUUUAUUGUUUAUAAUAAAGAACAGUGUUUUAGAAUGUUUGUAAACUUUGUUGCUAUAUGUUAACUCUUGUACUCAUGCAGUUUUCUUAAUGAAUCUGAUCAAUAAAGCUAAAAUCCCCAGUACUGGAGCUGUCCUUAUCAGAACUGUGCAUUACGUGUGUUGGUUGUGUCUCUGUUCUGUGAUAGCAUCAAAAUCAGUUUGUAUAGCUGCUGUGAAAAGGGUUUUCAAUCUUUCUAUAUUCAGUGUGUAAUGGUACAUUGUUAGGAUAAUAAAAAUGGAAUUUGUUUUCUUAGCCAAGCUAAUGACGUGUGCAACCGUAAAAACCAUCUGUUUGGAUUGGCUUCUUAAAGACCAAAAGACAAACUGUACAUUUAUUUGAGAUGUCAAAUGCAUACCAGCAGUAGCAAUAUUCAUGUAGGUUUUAGAUAUCUGUAUCAAGUACAAGUGUGCAGUUUCUUUUGAUUUGUUUAUAGAUGUACCUGUGUAAUGAUUGUUAUCAACAAACCAAUAAAACUUGGUUGAUAGUU